GCCCUCUCUCCGACACACUUUUAACUUACUCCAACACACACACUAAACACUGUCUGGGCCCUACGUACACAGAAAUAUAUAAUACUAGUAGUGAGUAGUAAUGUAAACAUUGUAGUGUGUGUAUUACUAAAUCACUGUCCGGGUUUUAGCUUCUGCUUGUUCCAAUAUCCAAAGCAUAUUCUAUAUAUAUUACAAUCCAUCAUUUAUCAUUUGGACUGGUUCAGUAGUUUGCUCUUCUCAGUCACCACCACAGUUACUAUUCAAUACAUUGCUGGUGAAUUAAAGAUGGCUGUGGAUCCGAGACAGGUCUUGGCUGGUGUUCUUACUAUCACUAUGUUCGUUAUGCUUGGAGAUAUGAUCAAAAGGGACCAUUUUGAUGCCCUUCCUGUGGAUUCAGAAAUAUCAAUUCAUGGUACCAGAAAGCAAAGUCUAGUUGGUGGGCCUUGGAAAGAGGAUGGGGAAUCUCUAAACUCAUGUUGGACUAAACCAGUUCUUGAGGAAGCUGACGAAUCACAAGGAUAUGUUACCUUCUCGCUCACUAAUGGUCCUGAAUAUCACGUCUCUCAGAUUGCUGAUGCAGUGGUAAUAGCAAGAUAUCUGCACGCAACUCUUGUACUCCCAGACAUAAGGGGAACUGAACCUGGUGAUAAAAGGAAAUUUGAAGACGUCUAUGAUGUUGAGCAGUUUGUGAAAAGCCUUGAUGGGGUGGUAAAAGUAGCUAAAUCUAAGCCAUCAAAAGUCUCAGGAAGGAAUCUAGCAGUUGUGAAGGUUCCUAGCAGAGUUACUGAAGAACACAUUGCUGUUAACAUCGAGCCAAUUUUCAGAUCAAAGGGGAACAUAAGGCUAGCGACGUAUUUUCCAUCAGUAAACAUGAAAAAAACGAAAGAGAAUAGCAACAUCGACUCAACUGCAUGUUUGGGGAUGUUUGGAACUCUAGAGGUUCAGCCUGAAGUUAAUGGAGUAGUUGAGUCUAUGAUGGAGCGCUUAAGAGCUUUGAGUAGGAAAUCAAAUGGACAGUUUAUCGCGGUGGAUCUAAGGGUUGAUAUAUUGGAGAAAAAAAGUUGCCAAGGAAACAGUGCUUCUAAAUCAAAAAGUUGCUAUGGUCCACAAGAGAUAGCUAUGUUUUUGAGAAAACUUGGUUUCAACAAAGAUACAACUAUAUAUCUUACUCAAUCUAGGUGGGAUAGCAGCCUUGAUGCAUUAAAGGAUCUCUUUCCUAGAACAUACACUAAGGAAAGCAUAAUGCCCAUAGACAAAAAGGCAAAAUUUCUUGACACGGAGAAUUCUGAACUGGAGAAAGUUAUCGAUUUUUACAUGUGUUCUCAGAGUGAUGUAUUUGUACCAGCCAUCUCGGGUCUAUUUUAUGCCAAUGUGGCUGGCAAGAGAAUCGCUUCUGGAAAGACUCAGAUACUAGUUCCAGCUGAUAUUGCUGGUUCUUCUGCUUCUUCAACAGACUACUUAUCUCAUUAUGUCUCAAAAAAGAACCACUUUGCCUAUUCGUGCUUCUGUUAGCUCGUUGCGAAGAAAAGAUCAAUGACCCAAUAUACUGUACUAUUACGAUGUGCGAUGGGCUCGCUCUAGUGCUGCAGUUCUUUCAACUUUUGUUUACAGAAGACACAAGUUUGCUUCUAAAGUUUGCAGUGAUCAAUAUUUAGAUAGACCUUUCUGGGGUUCAUUUGUAGAGGUUUUGGUGGAAGAGAUCAAGCUCCCUCCCACUUCAGCCCCAAACAAGUUGUGUUGAAGUUUAUCAUUUGUUGGACAUACGGUAUUGUCAUACAAAUAUAGUGAUUUUGAAUGGAAAACCUUGAACAUUUUGAGUUUCA